UCUCCCUCACACGCGCUCUCUCUCACACACACACGCACACACACCGUUAUGCCGACGAGAAAAACCGUCACGCCACUCCCCUUUAUGUGUGCCUGCCUUUCUCGGGUAGCGCCAGGGACCCAGCAGGGUACAGUUUCACUGAGGAUCGAUCAUAAUGUAAAAAAAUAAGCUCCCUUCUUUGUCCAUUGAUCUGAAUCGGCCUCAUUGAUUUCCUCAUUGUGAUCAGCCGAUGCUUUGGAUGGUGGAGUCUUCAUUGAGACGGAUCACAGCGGCAUCCCCUCUCUGCCCUGCUGUCACACUUCUCUGAGGAGCUGAAACCUGCAGAAUAACACCGCUACAGUAUGAGACGAAUAACGGGAAAAGCCAAGGAUGAAACUUUGAUCGAGCUGCAGAGCACGACGGAUUCACAAACCGGAGAUGGUAUUGCAGUGUUGACCGCAUUCAGGAUAAACCUGCACUCAGAUGAAAACGGUGGCAAUGGUGUCAAUUCAUUAUCUGAAACGGCGACACUGCCAGGACAUACAGAGACCGACAAGCUACAACCAAACAAAGACACGGUGUUCUUCAGGGACGGAGUUCGGAGGAUAGACUUUGUGUUGUCUUACGUAGACGACAAAGAUGGAGAAAAGAAACAGGAGAGGAGGAGGGAGUUUGAGGCCAACCUUGAGAAAGCAGGACUGGAGCUGGAAACAGAGGACAAAUCAGACUCCAAAGAUCAAAAGACAUAUUUCUUGAAGAUCCAUGCUCCAUGGGAUGUUCUGGCCACUUAUGCUGAUGUCUUAAAGAUCAAAGUCCCUUUCAAGUUGAGCGAUAUCCCCCACAGUCAGGAUGUCCCGCUGGAGUGGCUCUCGCAUCCGUUCCGCCUGCCAGAGCACAUCAUGCGACCACAACCUGACUACUUUACACACCCCUUCGACAAGGGCAAGACUGACUUCUUUCUCAUCACUGACAAGGAUACUUUCUUCCCGCCUUCCACCAGAAACAGAAUCGUGUUCUACAUUCUGGCUCGCUGCCCGUACUACAAAGAGGGUCGGAAAGAAAAAGACAAGACGGGAAUCAAGCGACUGCUUAGCAAUGGGACGUAUACAGCAGCCUUUCCUCUACAUGAUUGUCGAUACUGGAAAAGGGCACGAAAUGCUGAGUGUGAGAGUGAGCGCUACAACUUGUACAAACACUGGGCCAGGUUUCUCUGCUUCUACAAAGAGCAGCCUCUUAACCUCAUCAGGAAGUACUACGGGGAGAAGAUUGGGAUCUACUUUGCCUGGCUGGGCUUCUACACAGAGAUGCUGUUCUUUGCAGCUGUCAUGGGUGUUAUAUGUUUCACCUAUGGGGUGCUCAGUUAUGAUGACAAUGUGUCGAGCAAAGAGAUAUGUAACGCCACUAUUGGAGGCAGUAUUGUGAUGUGUCCACUCUGUGAUAGGAAGUGCCCUUUCUGGAAGCUCAACUCUACGUGUCUCUCAUCCUGGCAAUCCCAUCUGUUUGAUAAUGAGGGGACGGUGUUCUUUGCCAUAUUUAUGGGGAUUUGGGUGACUCUGUUUUUGGAGUUCUGGAAACGGCGCCAAGCCCGGCUGGAGUAUGAGUGGGACUUGGUUGACUUUGAAGAGGAACAGCAGCAGCUUCAAAUCCGGCCUGAGUUUGAGAUCCGAUGCACUAACAGGAGACUCAACAAGAUCACUCAGGAAAUGGAGCCAUAUCUCCCCGUCACCAGCAAGUGUGCUCGCUUCUGCCUCUCAAGUGCCACUGUUAUAUUCUGGAUUUCUCUGAUAGUGGCCUGUAUCAUCGGGGUCAUAGCGUACAGGCUGGCCGUGUAUGCUGCCUUUGCGAGUAUCAUUAAAGACCCUAUGAGGAAGAUCCAAGUGGUGGGCAGGUUCAUCACUCCGCAGCUAGCGACUUCUGUCACUGCCUCCUGCAUCAACUUUGUCAUCAUCAUGAUCCUCAACUUCUUCUAUGAGAGGGUGGCUGUUUGGAUCACUGAUUUGGAAAUCCCAAAGACUCACCUGGAGUACGAGAACAGGUUGACCAUGAAGAUGUUCCUCUUUCAGUUUGUCAACUACUACUCGUCAUGCUUCUAUGUGGCCUUUUUCAAAGGCAAAUUUGUGGGUUAUCCUGGCAAGUACUCGUACAUGUUCGGCAACUCGACCACACUGAGGAAUGAGGAGUGUGACCCUGGAGGCUGUCUGAUUGAGCUGACCACACAGCUGGUGAUUGUUAUGGCAGGAAAACAACUCUGGGGGAACAUUCAGGAAGCUCUGCUGCCGUUGAUGCGUAACUGGUGGAACAGCAGAAAAGGACGGCACAAUCCUGAGAACCAUUACAGCCGCUGGGAGCAGGACCACAUCCUGCUGAACUUCAGCCAGCUGGGAUUGUUUUAUGAGUACCUGGAGAUGGUGGUCCAGUUUGGUUUCAUCACUUUGUUUGUGGCCUCUUUCCCCUUGGCUCCACUCCUGGCUCUGUGCAAUAACAUCUUGGAGAUUAGGGUGGAUGCCUGGAAGUUCACCACCCAGUUCAGGCGGCCGGUGGCAUCCAAGGCCCGAAAUAUCGGGGCGUGGCAGGAAAUCCUAAAUGCAGUGGCCAUUUUGUCUGUUGUUACCAACGCUUUCAUAAUGGCGUUCACCUCAGACAUGAUCCCCCGGAUGGUCUUCCUGUAUGCCUACGGUGAAGAUUCCAGCAUGAGAGGCUACGUUAACAACAGCCUGUCAGUAUACAACAUCUCUCAGAUACCUAAGCACAACAUGCCAGAGGAAGGAGACAGCUGGUUUGAUAACUCGACUACCACCUGCAGAUACCGUGACUACCGAUACCCUCCAGGCCAUGAGAAGGAGUACAAUCACACCAUGCAGUUCUGGCACAUCCUGGCAGCCAAAAUGGCCUUCAUUAUCAUCAUGGAACAUGUAGUGUUUGUGGUGAAGUUCUUUGUGGCGUGGAUGAUCCCGGACGUCCCAUCAGAUGUGAAGGCUCGAAUUAAACGAGAACGCUACCUGAUUCAGGAGUACCUGCAUAACUACGAGGUGGAGAGGCUAAAACUCCAGCUGAGUGCCAGUUUCAUCACAGAGCCGCAGUCGGAAAUGUCCUCGAUGACAGACAGGCAUGAAGUGUUGUCUGAGUGCCUGUAGCCUCCUGUGUUAUACCUCCCAGCUAACCAAACCAAGAAGGGACGUGUCGGGGAGUUUUCUUCUCACUCAGAACAUCCAUAUACAAGGGCUUCUGUCUUUGGGAGAAACAAACGCCAUCAUCUUUUCUUGCCGAAUGGACUCCUAUAUUAGGAUCUGUAUAGAGACACUCAAAUGCAACAUUUCACUUUGCUUAAAGGAGCUCUAUAUGACAUUCAGAGCAUUAAUAUAGCAACAGGUAUUUGCUUUGUAAAGAUACAGUGGAAUAUAUAUGUUGAGAGAGUCUAGACGGUGGUGGUGCUGAGAUGAAGAGGGAGCUGAAGAUCUGGAUGUGAUGAGGAGUGGACUUUUGAUUAACUCACUGGAUAUGAUGAGUGGAGGUGGAUGUGGUGAAGGAGGGCGCAAUGAUUUGCUAUGUAAAGACACACAGAGUAAUGGCGUCCUGAGCAUAGAGUGAAGUCACACUCCCUCUGUGUUUGUUGUAACUUGAGCUUCUCUGUUCUUUGUUGUGGUAGCUGGGCCAGCCACAUGUGCACGUUGUUAGUCCCUGUGUGUGUAUCCCACUGGCUAGCUAAUGGCUGCCACUCUGAAAUGCGCUUACACGGCAGAUACUGUAGAAUGGCGUCAUCACAGAAGCAUUUCUCAACAUUAACACAGUAAGUUCUGUCAACACUGUUGCAGUUGCUAGCACUCUUAGCACUGUUAGCACUGUUAGCUGCUAGCCGCCGGCUCAACCACCUCCAUGUUGAGAACUGUGUGCAGACAAUCCAGGCUCAGACUCAGUCAGAAGACAUUCUGAGUAAAACGUGCACAAAAACAUGAAAAAUGCAAAUAGCCUUUGGCGAUUCGACUCCAUCUUGAUGUCAUAUAUCUUACAGAGGGUGUUGAAGCUGUAGUAGCACUGGGAGACAAAGAGGGUGCUCAAGAUCUGAAUGCAAUAAGGACUGGACUUCUGAUGAGCUCUACUUGUGCACUGGAUAUGAUGAUUGCAGGUGGAUGUGAUGAAGGAGGGCGUGACAAUUCUGGCUAAAACGACAGCUGACAGCAGCAGAGAUGAGAACAGAUUUAAAGUUCAUCAGCAGCAACAUGAUCAGCUGAUUAUGUCAAAAUUUGAUUGGUUUAACUGGAAAGGCGAACGCCAAUAAUCAGCUGAUUGGAAGAAACAAAGGAAUAAGACAGUCUUAUAAAGUCUUAGUGAUUGAAGUUAGAUUGAGCUUCAUAUGUGCUCUGAAUGUCGCAUACAGCACUUUUAAAAUCAGCAUCUUGAGUGGAUGAAACGUUCCUGUGCCAUAGUUGGAAAAGAUUGUAACUGCAGCUCAUAUCAUUCCCCAUGUAAUGCCUUCAACGUCUCCAUCUGUCAUGACUGAAAAUAAUCUCUGUACGUUCAAGAUUGUGAAGUUGAAUAUGUGACAUUAGGUGUAAUUAUGAUAUUAUUAAUCAGAUUUUCUGCAUGUGAUUCUUCUGAUGGGAACAUGAAGGACUCAACUGUUAAGGGAUAUAUCGUAUACAUCACAUAUCCUCUAUCUGUCAUUUAAUUAUGAAUGUAGAGUUAAUGGUAGCUACAUAAUGCUGAGUGUCACUGAUCUAUAGCUGGGCUAUGAGAUUGUCAGCUGUGUUAUGUGAGUGUGUUUAGGGAAAGGCUCUUUAAAAAACUGUGCAUUCGAAAAACCAAGUACCUCCAUCAUACUACGGUCGUACUGUAACAAUCACAAGUGUGUGUAUCAUUCCACCCUGAGCUGGUAAUGUGGUGAGACAGCAGCUGCAGGCUCAUGUCUCGUCUUCCAAGUGUAUUUCCAACUUGCUGCGGGACCAAUUAUGGGAUUUCAAGAGGAAAGACUACACGAGGAAAAUCUCCUGACAGAUUUUCUGUUUUAACACAAUCAGUUUAGGGCGAUCACGUGUCAACUGUACUCCUUCUUGUGUCGCACGGGAUAAUAAAUGGGCUAUAUUUGUGUUUUCAGAUUUCACAUUAUCAGUGUCUCGGCAUAAACAAGUGUAACCUUCAUUUCAGAGAUAAACAGAGAGAAGAACUGCUUGUACCCUGCUGACAUGUGAGAGAGGAUUUCAGUGAAGAGAAAUGACUUUUAUUAACCGCUUCAUAGCUGGUUACAAAGUGUUGCUGUAGAUAUAAAGAAUAUAUCAUCUAUUUAAAAGGGUUGUAUUACAAAUAAUUUAUUGAGCUGCUUCUGCUCUGUAGCCUGAAGCUUUUAUAUUUAGAGUGACUUCAUGAUCCGCGUUUAGAGAUCUGUCUUACUACUCGCAACACCUGAUUUCUUUUUAUGUACUUUUCAUCACCUCAUGAUCAAGCCAUGUUAGUUCAGACAGCUCUUCAAGUACAUUUUAGUCCAAUAAUGACUUUAUCAAGGGACCAGACAAGUAAAAACUCCUGAGAUAAUAUUUGUUACAGUAGAUUAGUCAUUUAUAAAAUACAGUACAGAUUUUAUAUCUUAAGCUUAACAUGCUUUAAGGGUUUUUCUGUGUUUGUAUUGACACCUCUUUGUAAUUAAAUGAUGCAGUUGUGAUUCUGGCUGUCAGCAAAUUAUCUGACAGUCAAAAAUUAACCAUCUCAGGAUUAAGCGUGCUGACAUUUGUUGAGCUUCACGUGUUGAUACAGUAUACAGAUGUGUGCAGAGCGUGACCCUGCGACGUGCAUGAUGUACUUCCCGACUAACAAAUGCCUUAAACCUCUGUGUUUACUUGUUUUUGUAUGGUUUUGUAAUGACCAAAUUUCCUAUCUGAAUUCCAAGUCUGUUUCGUAUCAUUUGUUGCUGCUGCUACUGCUAGUCAUCGCAAAGUAGCUGGUUUGUGCAUGAAUCGUUGUAAAUAUGUUGUCAGCUAUGUUCUAAGUUUACUGUAGCCUAUUGUACAGAAAUGCUGAGCUGUUCAUGUUCACAAUAAACAAAGAAAUAACCAGUUAUAA